UCCUUCCGGUUAAACACACCACACCCGACCACGCCUUGGUCGCGAUCUCCGUUCCCCCGUCCCCCCGCGCCCACCUCUCCCACCGUUCCGCCGAGCUCCUCCCUCCCGCCCGCCUCGAUUCGGAGGAGGCCAAGGCGCCUAGGGCGGCGGCGCGCGGGCGGCCGGCCGGCGCCAGCGGGUCAUGGAGGAUCUGGGCAUCGAGGCCAAGGAGGCCGCGGUGCGCGAGGUGGCCAAGCUGCUCCCGUCCCAGGACCUCCUCUCCUCCAUCGCCUCCAUCAAGGCCGACUACCUCUCGCGGCAGCAGACAAAUGAUACUCAACUGAGUUCAAUGGUGGCAGAACAGGUCGAGCAAGCUCAUGCUGGCAUCGACGCUCUUGCGAUAUCCCAACAAACAAUAAACAGUCUACGUGAGAACUUCAUAGAUAUAGACAAGUUGUGUCAGGAGUGUCAAACAUUAAUCGAGAAUCAUGACAGGAUCAAGCUCCUUAGCAAUGCAAGAAACAACCUGAACACAACUUUAAAGGAUGUAGGAGGUAUGAUGUCUAUUUCUGUUGAAGCAGCUGCAGCACGUGACUCCUUGAGCGAUGACAAAGAGUUGAUUCACACUUACGAGAGAUUAACAGCUCUUGAUGGAAAGAGGCGUUUUGCUUUAGCUGCUGCUGGAUCUCAUAAGGAAGAAGUUGGCCGAUUGAGAGAAUACUUUGAAGAUGUUGAUCGAUCAUGGGAAACAUUUGAAAAGACAUUAUGGGAACAUAUUGCUAACUUCUUUAAACUUUCAAAAGAGAGCCCUCAGACGUUGGUCCGAGCUCUAAGGGUUGUUGAAAUGCAAGAGAUCAUAGACCAACAAGUUGCAGAGGAAGCAGCUGAGGCUGAGGGUGCAGGCGCCAUGGCGACAAUAGCAAACCAACGUAGAACGACAAAAAAAGGUGCAGGGGCAGCAUCUACCCCAAGAAAUAGCACCCAAGAGAAAUCAAAGACCCAGGGAAAGGGCUACAAGGAUAAAUGCUAUGAGUGCAUAGGGAAGGCUGUUGAGGCUCGCUUCGACAAAUUGCUCACUGAGCUUGUUUUCUCAGAAGAUAUGAUGGAAGCUCUGGAGGAAGCUAAGGCAAUUGGAGAAGAGCUUGGCGAUAUCUAUGACUAUGUUGCACCAUGUUUUCCUCCUAGAUAUGAAAUUUUCCAGCUCCUGGUAAAUCUAUAUACUGAAAGGUUCAUUCAUAUGCUAAGACUGCUCAGUGAAAGAGCAAAUGAUAUUCAAAAUAUAAAUAUACUGAAGGUAACAGGUUGGGUUGUGCAAUAUCAAGAUAAUCUUAUUGGCCUUGGUGUGGACGAAUCUCUUGCCCAAGUUUGUUCAGAAAGUGGUGCAUUGGAUCCCCUCAUGAAUAUGUAUGUAGAGCGUAUGCAGGCAACAACUAAGAAAUGGUACACUAACAUUUUGGAGGCUGAUAAAACACAACCACCAAAGAGUACAGAGGAUGGAAAACUAUAUACACCUGCAGCUGUAGAUCUAUUCAGAAUAUUGACAGAGCAAGUGCAGAUAGUAAGAGAAAAUAGCACAGAUGUCAUGCUAUAUCGUAUUGCUCUCGCAGUUAUUCAGGUUAUGCUUGAUUUUCAAGCAGCUGAGAGGCAAAGCCUUGAGGAGCCAGCUUCUGAUGUCGGUCUGGAAACUCUGUGCGCAUUGAUUAACAACAACCUGCGUUGCUACGAACUUUCAUCAGAGCUAAGUAGCAGCACAUUGGAAGCGCUUCCUCCGAACUAUGCUGAACAGGUUAAUUUUGAAGACACUUGCAAAGGAUUUCUUGAGGUUGCCAAGGAGGCGGUCCUUCAAACUGUCAGUGUUAUUUUCGAAGACCCAGGUGUGCAGGAUCUUCUUGCGAAGGUUUACCAAAAAGACUGGAUGGAUGGAAUGGUGACCGAAUAUCUGGUCGCCACGUUUGCUGAUUAUUUUGGCGAUGUGAAACUAUAUAUUGAAGAUAGAUCGUUCCGAAGAUUUGUGGAGUCUUGCCUAGAGGAAACAAUUGUUGUAUAUGUUGACCAUCUUCUCAGUCAGAAAAAUUAUAUAAAAGAAGAAACGGUUGAGAGGAUGAGGCUAGAUGAAGAGGUGCUUAUGGAUUUCUUCAGAGAGCACACUAGUGUGACUAAAGUUGAAAACAGAGUACGAAUUCUGGCUGAUCUAAGGGAGCUUGCUUCAGCUGAGAGUCUGGAUAGUUUCACUCUCAUUUACACAAAUAUUCUGGAACAUCAACCAGAUUGCCCGUCGGAGGUUGUUGAGAAGCUCGUUGCACUGCGAGAAGGCAUUCCACGGAAAGAAGCCAAGGAGGUCGUACAAGAAUGCAAGGAGAUAUACGAGAACUCCCUCAUAGAUGGCAAUCCUCCAAAGUCAGGGUUCGUGUUUGGUAAAUUGAAGUGCCUAACAGUAAAGAAAGGCAUAUGGGGGAAGCUUGGACAGUGAGAAUAUGCUAGUACUGAACAUAGUAAAUGCACCCACAAAGAAGGAUUUGUUUUCUAUUUUGCUCAUUCUUUUGUUCAUCUUUUAAGCCUAUUGGUGUUAGUCUGCGAAGCAUGAGAAGUUCUAGAAUGUAUUGUUUCUAUUUGGUUAGCAACAGGGAGUUUUUUGUGUAAAGAUGGAACCCCAACCCCUUGUUAUUUUCAUUGCCCUUGAAUAAAAUGUCUAGUGAUGUACAGUAUAUUGUUGAGUGACAUCAGCUGUGCAUUAUCAUCC